AUGGAUUCUAGUGAUUCCAGCUCAAUUGACUGGUCUUUCCUGUCCCCAUCCAGCUUUACCUCGUCGACAACAUCAAGAUACACCUCUGCUCAAUCAACUCGCUUCAACUCAGCAGACAACAGUACCUUCUCCUCGGCUCGCUCCUCAGCUACCUCUUUAGGAGUAAUGGAAGAAGGGUUUAACGAUAUGCUACACAAUGCCGCUGCUGACCUCUUCAACGAUAUACAUGGAGAUACCAUGAGUGAGAUUUCUGAUGUAGAUGUUCCGCAAGGCAAUGAGACAGGGGAAGAAGGAGUUAGAGGACCACCUGCAUCGAGAGAUGAGAGGACGCGGUGA